AUGAUCAAGCUCAACAUGAAGAUUAUCACGUCGCCUCCUCCUUCCACCGCCACUGCCACCACCGCCGCCACUUUUCAUCUACAGAUCUCUCCCACAACCACUUCUCCCUAUCCCCCUCAUGGUGGUAAUAAAGUUUCCAAUUUAAGGUGCAAAGCCUUCUACAAGCUUAGCAACAAAGGUGGUGCAGAGGUAUUGCAAUUAUCAUUUGUGGACAAACAACAUGCGGUAACAACGAAGUAUGUCGAAUCAAUCAAGUCAAUUUUCAACACCAUGGAUGAUGGAAAGAUAAGUCCAUCAGCUUAUGACACGGCAUGGGUUGCACUUAUAAAAGAUGUGGAUGGACAAAAUGGUGGUCCUCAGUUCCCAUCAUGUCUACAAUGGAUUGCGAACCAUCAGCUCCCUGAUGGCUCAUGGGGCGAACCUUUGAUGUUUUCAGCUUUCGAUAGGCUCCUUAACACGUUGGCUUGUGUGAUCGCGCUAACUUUUUGGAACAUAUAUCCUGAUAAGUGUGGAAAAGGAAUAAAUUUUGUGAACGAAAACAUGAACAAGCUUGGAGAUGAGAAGGAGGAACACAUGACACCGGGUUUUGAAUUAGUCUUCCCUUCACUCAUUGAACUCGCACAUAAACUAGAAAUUAAAGUUCCAACCGAUUCUCCCGUCUUGAAAAUGAUCUAUGCAAGACAAGACAUGAAGCUUGCAAAGAUACCCAAAGAGAUACUGCACAAGAUCCCAACAAUUAUGCUUUAUAGCUUGGAGGGGAUGAAAGAUUUGGAAUGGGAUAAGCUUCUAAAACUUCAAUCAAAAAAUGGAUCUUUCCUUUCCUCUCCAGCAGCAACUGCUUUUGCAUUCAUGCAAACUAAAGAUCAAAAGUGUCUUGCAUAUUUAACCAAUCUUGUUGCCAAGUUCAAAGGAGGAGUUCCAAAUGCGUACCCUGUUGAUAUGUAUGAACGAAUCUGGAUCGUAGAUCGCCUGCAACGCCUUGGAAUUGCACGCUAUUUCUCAUCAGAGAUCAAGGAUUGUCUUACCUAUAUCUACAGGUACUGGGAUGAUCAAGGAAUCGGGUUCGCUAGAAAUUGCAAUGUACCAGACCUUGAUGACACUGCAAUGGCUUUUCGGGUUUUAAGAACUAAUGGUUAUCAAAUUUCUACCGAUGCAUUUCGACACUUUAAUAAAGACGGGCAAUUCAUGUGUUAUCCUGGACAGUCAGUAGAAACUGUGACCGUGAUGUUCAAUCUAUAUCGAGCUUCACAAGCGCUGUUUCCAGGAGAUACAAUCCUUAAUGAUGCCAAGAACUUUUCUCAUAAAUUUUUGACCGAAAAACGACUAACCAACAAGCUUUUGGACAGAUGGAUCAUCACAAAAGACUUGACUGGUGAGGUUGAAUAUGUGCUUGAUGUCCCAUGGUAUGCUAGUUUACCUCGACUCGAGGCAAGAUAUUAUUUGGAACAAUAUGGAGGUGAAAAUGAUGUUUGGAUUGCGAAAACUCUUUAUAGGAUGGGAAACAUAUGCAAUGACAAAUAUCUUGAGAUGGCCAAAUUGGACUACAAUCAUUGCCAAGCAAUUCAUCAGAUGGAAUCGAGACAGCUCCAAGAAUGGUAUGGACUUCUAAAAAUCGAAGACGGCUUAAACACUAAAGUUUUAUGGUCGUAUUACGAGGCAGCGGCUAGCAUAUUUGAGCCAGAAAGACGCAACGAGCGAGUAGCUUGGGCCAAAACGGUGGUCAUGCUCAACAUCAUUAACUCCUCCUUUGGCAGACCACAGUUCACCAAUGUUGACAUGCAAGAGUUUGCAGACAAAUUUUUAAACCCUCAAUGCUAUGAAAAAGAUAGAAAACCUUGGCACAUGGUAUUGAAUGCACUACAUAUAACGCUCAUCGAAAUCUCACUAGAAUCACUGAUAGCUCAUGGAAUAGACAUACAUCCACGCCUCCAUCAUUUUUGGACAUCAUGGCUUGUGAACUGGCAAAAGACGGUGGAUGUAGUUAGAGGAGAAGCCGAACUCAUAGUUCAAACGAUAUACAUGAGUAGUGGCCGAUGGUUAACUAACGAAACAUUAUCUCAUCCUCAAUAUCAACGAAUAUCCUCCGUCACAAAUGACUCGUGUUACCAACUCUCUCUUAAGGAGAAUCGUACAAUAGGUUAUCACAAUGAGUCCAAAAUGCAAGAACUUGUACGACUCGUGCUUUGUGACUCACCGGAUGAUAUUGAUCCUGAUUUGAAGCAGAUGUUUUUAACUGUUGCCAAAACGUUCUACUAUAGAGCAUACGUUGAUCCUGAAUCUAUAAACUGCCAUGUUCAUAAAGUCUUGUUUGAAAAUGUUAUUUGAUAUUGAUCACAAUGGAGCUGCUUGAAUUACAGUCUUCCCUAUAAAGGUGUAGAUUCUACUAUAACUAGAAUAACUGUCCGCACAUGAUGCAGCGAUAUAUGUUUUAUAACAGUAUUAGGUUUUAUGUUUGCAUCUAUGUAAUCAAAAGAUAAAGUCGUGAUA